ACCCAAACAAUUUAUUAUCUUUUUUCUUAUUACAAAAUUUAUUAACAAUUAACAAAGGAAAAAUAUGUAUGCGAUUGAAUUGCAGAUACUGACUCUGCAUGAUAGAUGGGAAGCAAUGAAGCAUACAAUGGAGAGAGCUGUGAUUUGAUGUUCACGGUUGCCAUGUUCCAAAUGAAGACCAAGCUACAAGUGCUCACGACCAAUAACCCCAAAGAGUAUGAUUGUGAUUACAGGGUAGGGGGCAAUUUCUUGCAAGAUUCCUACACUGUUUAUGUUGGAGAGACUAACACCAUUGUUGCCCAAGGAAAGGGGAGGUUUGCGGUCACAGUGUAUCCCAAUGCUGACCAUGCAUUCAUUGCUGCGCUCAUCCUGGAUGGCAUGAACAGGCCAGGUUGGAUUUAAUUAGCUUAAAAAACAUUGCACCAAUUAAGCUAUGGCCAAACUAUCUAUGAUAAAUCAAUAAAUUGUUCUAUAAGGCUAGAGCUAUAAGUAAGAGAAAAAGAAAUGUAAUUCUCUAUAUUAUGUACAAAAAAGUGUGGAAAUCCAAACUAUGAAACACUAUCAUUUAUUGGAUGGAUGCUAGGACCUUCUUGGAUGUAAGGAUAGUCUCGCCAUUCAAUAAUUUAUUUUUUACAGU